AUGUUCCGCGCUCGGCCAAAUCAUUCCGUCCGACUGAAGUCUCGGCCAAAGUCCAAACCACUCGGCCGAUCACGCAUCACGACCCGGGAAACAUUGCCCGCGGUCGGCCAAGCCAACGCUCACGCCACACCGCGCACGACCAAAGCGCGCGAGCCGGGAAACAAGCCUCGCGGCCGCGCAACCCUUCCGCGUACCACGGCCGAUGCAUCCGUCCGAGCCGGGAAAGAACGUCCCACGUCCGGCCGAGAAUUCAUCGGCCAAAUCUCAUCCGCUCGACCACGCCGGCCGACCGCGAAUCCGUCCGACCCCGACCGUUCCGACUCGCCCACGACCCGAUGUCCGGCCGAUCGUCCCGCACGACCGUCCCAACGCCGCGGUCGACCCGAAGCCCUUUUUGAAGCCCAAACUUAUGUUUUCAAGCCCGGCUUAACCCUAAGCCGCCUCUAG